UCAAACAAAAUCACAUCUGCGCAUGUGUACGUUUAUCAGUUCUCUUCGCGCGUUCGAUCCUCUGGGUAGCUACGUUUCCUUGUUGUUCUUUGGGUCCAUGUUGACAGGUUAGUUUGCAUGCUAGAGAGAACUUGCAUGAUUUUUUUUGUCAACUCUUGUAUUCCAUAACGGUCCGGUAAAGCGUUUGAAACAUUUCGUUAGUUAUGUUGUCAUAACUUGCAGUUUGCCAACGUAAGUGUAUAUGCUGUGCUACCUUUUUUUAGCAACUAACCUAGUCAGCUAUCUAACUAUGUUCGUUGUCUGACUGAGUGUGCUAGAAGAUAACAGAUGUCCAUGUAUUUGACUUAGCUACAAACUAGCUAUAAAAACUCCUAAGGUUGAGACAUCUUGCUAGCAAAGUAACUUAGUGGCGUGACAAGGGCUAACGUUACCUUUUUUUAUGCCAGCAGGUUGUGUUAAACGAAAAUCAUACAUGGGAUCAAACUGCCCGUUUGGUUUGGAAAAACUUUUUUGAACACAUUUAUUUAUUGGGAUAUAUUUACAGAACUAACACAGGUCACGCAUUUAUUUAUACACCUCGAGCAAUGAAGCUUCAGUGCGACGUCGAAGUCGUGAACCGGAUGCUUCCCACGUAUGGGAUGAAAAACAGAGGAAAGGGAGCAAGGGCUGUGCUGUCUAUUGGGAGACAUGUGGACAAGACCACACAACGCCACAACAUUUAUCUAAUGAUCUGUACAGCAAAGGAUAGGACAGGAACGAAAUAUAAGCUAAAAGAAAACAUUGAAACAUUCUUCACCAGGUUUGUUGAGGAGGGCAAAGCCACUGUGAGACUGAAGGAGCCCGCUGUUGACAUCUGCUUGAGCAAGUUUCAGGCUGAUGCUAACAGCUUGAAGAACUUCCUCUCGGCUGCUCGGUUGGCUCACAGAGGAAAUGACAUGGACAGCCUGCCUCUCUCUACACUGACGCCCGUCCGAGCCAGGGAUGUGGAGAAGCCCAAGAAGAAGCUAACUAUUGUAUCCAAGAAGGACUAUCCAUUGACCUCCAAUUUUCCCUACUCAUUAGAGCAGCUACAGGUGUCCUACUGCAAGCUCUCACGGGUGGACAUGCGAAUGCUAUCCCUCAAGGCACUGCGCAGACUGGACCUCAGUAAUAACAACAUAAAAAAACUUCCUGACACUAUCGGUGACCUGGGCUGCCUGGCUGAGCUUAUUCUUCACAACAACCACUUAGAGACCUUUAGUGAAGCCCUCUGCCUGUCCAGCCUCCAGCGCACACUUCAACACCUCGACCUGAGUCAGAACCGCCUGCAGGCCCUGCCGCCUCACUUCUGCCAGCUGCGAGAGCUGAUCAACCUCAAGAUGGACAACAACGGACUGGUGUGGCUGCCUUUUCGCAUCAGCCAUCUCUCCAAGCUGCGCUUUUUGUCAGCUGCACACAACCAGCUGGCCCUGCUGCCAGGGGACUUCCGAAAGUUAAAUCUGGAGAACCUGGACCUGUUUGGUAAUCCGUUCGCCCAUCCCAACCCCCUGGACCACACCAUCCAGCUCACCUUCCCCCUGACACUGCAGGAGAUGGCCGCCAGGGCUGUGGCCAACCUCAGAAUCCCGUACGGGCCUCAUCUCAUCCCUGCCCACCUUUGUCAAGACCUGGAGGUUGCCAAGACCUGUGACUGUGGCUGUACCUGUGUGAACUACUACAUCAAAACAGCAGUCAGCAUGAAUCUGCAUCUGGUGUCUCACACUGUGGUUUUGGUAGAUGACAUGGGAGGAACAGAUGCACCGGUGCAGCAUCACUUUUGCUCCCUAUCAUGUUACUCUGAGUUCCUAGACCAAUGCCUUCAGCGAGGCCUGAGAUGAUUUAAGUCCCUCAACUGUUCCACAGAAAUCAGUACCGUAGCUAGGUUUCCAUCCAAUUUGCGACAGAUUUUAAUUUAGAAUAUUCUUAAAUCUGCAUAAAAAAAAGGAUGCUUGUUUUCCCACCAGAGAUGGUUCAAUCAAAUUGACAUUUUUUGCGGUUAAAUGCUGUGUGAUGACGUAGUGCACAUAAAAAUAACUUUUCAUUGUUAAAUCCCAUGUACAGAAUGUGAAAACACAAGUUAAAUGGGUUUCCGUCGUAUUGUCAAGUCUACUGAUGGGUUUUGUCACAAAUGUUGUGUUAUACAGCAAAUGUACCCACUCUGGUCUUGGCAUGUGCUCUCUAGCCAACAGCUCACAGACACAGUGCAGGUAGGCUACCUACAUGAUGAGAUUUUAUUAUGGAGCAGAGUGAUAUUAUUUGUCAAAUGGCAGGCAAGCAUCGAUCAUUAUGUCACCAGAAUAAGACCGUCAAUACUUCAAGCUCAACACUGUGCUCUUUCACCACCCUGUGAAGUUCAUAAGUUAGUUCAUCUGUAGCUUAAUAAAUGCAUGGUUUCCCAGGUUGUAGUGGGAGGAACACACAAAAUAUCAUCACAUGACUCCCAAGUUUACUUUGAUGUGAUGGUUAUUGUAUCAAUAUUUGCACAUAAAGGCGUUUCCACUGUGAUUUCUCACAUAAUUAAUUUUAGACACAAAAAGAUCCCACCAUGUCAAACAAAUAAUUGGUAUUUAUAGAAUUGUAACGGCAUUUCCUGUUUCCAUCAGCCCAGUUGUAACUUUUUUCCAUGCAUUAGGUAAUUAAUCCGCAUGAAAUGGUCGGAUGGAAACGUGGUUAAUGCUUUUGGUAUUAUUCUGAAGGCAAUGGUGACCAGCCAGUGUAGGGCAAUGGUGACCAGCCAGUGUAGGGCAAUGGUGACCAGCCAGUGUAGACUGUAAUGUAAAGGGCAGUAUGAACUCUUUGGUCAUUGGACCCAACACGCAUCUCAGAACUUCUUAUGUAACCACUGAUUGGACAUGUGCUGAUGUUCAGACAUUUUGCAUUCAAGUGUGUUUCACCAUCGGUGGUACAGAUUGAUAAACCUAAAAUGACAAUUAGUAGUUUAUAUUUGUUUAAACAAUGUGUGUUUGUGUAUAUAAACAUUUUUAUAUGUUUGUGGAAUUCAAAAAAUGUUUUAUUUUUUACUGUAUUGGUACAAGUUUGAAAGGAAAUUAAAGAAACUAUCCAUAUCUA